AUAAGGAGGGACCGGAUGUGGAGACGCUAUUUCCUCUGGUAGCAGGCCUGCAGUUCGUCCUUGGUUGUCGUUGAGUUAAGGUUCCUCUCUCCGCGGAUCCGCAGCAGAAGCAGAGUAAAGAUGGUCGCGUACUGGAGGCAGGCUGGACUCAGCUACAUCAGGUACUCCGCUGUCUGCGCCCGGGUGGUCCGGGCGGCUCUGAAGCCGCAGUUCAGAGUAGAGGCUGUGAAAAAUGCAGAAUCCAGCGUUCGAGUUAAUAAAGUGAAAACCGCGUAAAAAUGUGCUGUUUCAGAAGAUAGUCAUGGUCUUGUGACUGAUCAGAUGGUUUCAACUGCACCACAUAGAACCCCCUCAGAUGAAUUUACUUCAGUUUUCCUUUUGAUAAUAAAUUAUGACGAACCUCCAA